AAUUGCCGAGAAGAGAAAUCAACAGGCGCGACAGGAGAAAAACAAGAUUUUGAAAGUCACUGUUCUUACAUGAGUUUUCUCCAGGUCUUUUCUAUUUUAUAGCUAUGCAGUAUACCCUGCUUUUUAUGAUUGUGCCCUUUUUGUUCAAGCUGUCCACACUAGCCAGAAGUUUACCAACCUAGUUGAAGAUUUAUUAGUAUCUUGAGAAAUACGCCCAUUGUUUUUUGUCGUUGGAUUCAUCAUAAUCAAAAGUAAAAACGUAAGCAAUGUUGACAACAAUUGUAGCAGCAUCUGGAUUUUUGGCUCGGAAGUACGUCAACAAAGAUGAGAAAUCAAAGAAAAAAAUCAAAACAGGUCUUGCAGUUUUACUUAAUAUAUCUGUAUCAAUUGCAAUUGUCCUCACCAACAAAUGGCUAUACACUGUUGUUGGUUUUCCAAACAUGACGCUAACACUCAUGCACUUUGUAACAACAUUCAUUUGCCUUCAUGUUUGCCAAGCCUUUGGUGUGUUUUCUGUAAAAAAAGUUCCCAUGACAUCCAUGAUCCCCUUAGCACUCUGCUUUUGUGGAUUUGUGGUUCUAACCAAUCUAAGCCUAGAGAACAAUUCUGUGGGCACAUACCAAGUGGCGAAAGUAAUGACCACACCAUGUGUACUGCUGAUUCAAUAUUACUUUUACAAUAAAUUGGCUAGCAAAGCAACAAUUUUAACAGUGAUACCAAUCAUAAUAGGAGUUGUACUCUAUUUCAUCUAUGAUAUCAAAUUUAAUCUAAUUGGGACGGCCUAUGCCGUAAUGGGAGUUGUGGUAACAUCAUUUUAUCAAGUGCUGGUUGGAGAGAAACAGAAGGAGCUACAGCUUAAUUCCAUGCAGCUUCUGUACUACCAGGCACCCAUGUCAGCAGUCAUUCUCAUAUUGCCAGUUGCUACAUGCGAGCCUGUUCUUCAGUUGGCUUAUCGCUCAUGGACUUUAAUGGAAUUAGUUCCAGUUGCAUGCUCUUGUUUUAUCGCCUUUGCUGUGAAUUUGUCCAUAUACUGGAUCAUCGGCAGCACGUCUGCGCUGACUUACAACAUGGCUGGUCAUUUGAAAUUCUGCUUGACGGUAGCGGCUGGCUACUUCUUGUUCCAGGACCCACUGUCUGCCAACCAAAUGUUAGGACUAGUACUCACGUUGGCGGGAGUCAUCGCCUACAGUCAUGUGCGGUCGUGAAAAGCUCAAUCUCACUAUUGACUUUAAAGUGUUGAGUAUAGACUAGCUUAAGACGAGAGCGAAUGCCACUGUACACACGAGAGUUGAUCGACUAACCAAGUGUUUUAAUAAGUGACAAUUCUUCGCACUACUAAAAUCAUUUGUAAAAGUAAAAAAAAAUCAGAAGAAACUAUUAUAAUAAAAA